AGCUCCAUCUCCAGAAGCAGCCCCCAGGAUUUCUUCGUGAGGUUCUGCCCUCCCUACAAGAAACAAUAUGUCGCGAUGGGGAAGAAAGGCCCGCCCGCCGCCUGGGUUUGACUACUUAGAGCCUACAUUGGCAGCCUUGGAGGCCGAGCUACGAGAAAAGGUCAAUGAGGGCCACGAAGGGAAGCGUAAAAAUGAGUCUUUGUGGCCUGUUCAUCAAAUUAAUUGGCAGCGGAGUCGAUAUAUUUUCGACAUGUUUUAUCGCUAUGAGAAGAUCAGCCGUGAGGUGUAUGAGUAUUGCGUGCAGAUGCUUUAG